CUGAAAGCCAAUCAGCUUCAAGUUCCGCCGUCAUCCACUGAUUGUAGGAGAGGACAUAUCGAUCUAAGGCGAGCACGUCGCGGAUUGAAGGCCGAGGAUCCAUUACCAGAUGGGGGAAUAAUCACUGAUUCUCCGGAGCAAUUGUCAAUUUCCGAGAAAAAGAUAGUAAGUGUUUCUACCGAAAUGAAAAAUUCUAGCGUUACUCCCGAACAAAUAGACUUACAAACUGAGGAUGUUUCGGCAUCAGAUAUAUCCGAUAACAGUUCAAAUUUUGAUGAUAUUUUCGAGGAAAAGAGCUCCGCUCCUCUCACAAAAGAAAUUUCACCACUUAAUGAGAAUCAACCCGAUAAGGAGAAAGUUAUUACUCCUGACCCUAUAAUCGGAAUAGAUCAUAGUUCAACCCAGGUCCAAAAAACUGAAUCAUCUACAACCUCUUUGUCACAAAAUAUUGUCGACGAUACGGACGAGGCCCUUGAUUUUGCAGAAAUGAAACAUAAAGAACAUUUUAGUAAAACGAUAAUGGAGAGAAUUAGGGAAAAAAACUUCGGGAUCAAAAUUCAUCUUUGGUUAUCUUCGGAUAAUAAUUUACCAUGUGAUUCUGAGUCUAAAUCGCCCACUAAUGUAUCAUCUAAUCAGAGGCGCGAAGCGCUUUGCUUCGUAAAAAUUCCUUAUAAUCAAAAAGUAGAACAAGGUUUAAGAAUCGAGCUAUCUAGUUGCACCAAAGAUAAUAACCACAAGAUUAGUAAAGUAUCUGAUGUUCAAAUUUCUGAAUUCUCUUUAGAUGCGAUUUUAUCAGGAUCUAAUAGCGUUACGUCGCAAAAUAUCGUUGAUCUAUUUAGGAUAGCAAUGAAAAUUAGACAAAAGGAAA